AUGGCCUCAGUAGGAUAUGGAUAUACCAGGGCGCAGGUUAUCUGUCUUGGCACUGACUAUGCCAUAAAUCUCAAGAAACGUAGUAAUGAUUCCAAAUCACUAUUACUGCAGUGGUUUUAUGGGUUGAUGGGAAGAUGGCCUGAACUGAAGUUGCGACGACCAAGGGGAUUGUCUCAAUUACGAGCCACUGCCACAUCUGAGGAGAGCAUUAACAAGUAUUUUUCUCAACUUGAAGCAGUUCUUGACAAGUAUGACCUAAAGUCAAGCCCAGAGCUGAUCUACAACGUCGAUGAGAAGGGAAUUAAUCUCACGCAUUCUUCACCGCAAAUUGUUGGAUCUGCAGACGAAGUUCCAAUUGAAAUCUGCCCAGAGAAAUCCUCUACAGUUACUGUUUUGGGAUGCGGCAAUGCAUUGGGUCAGAAGAUUCCACCUUUUUUCAUUUUUCCUGGUUCACGCAUGCGCGAUGACCUCUUAGAUGGUUCGACAGUUGGAACUUUUGGAACUGUUAGCGAGACGGGAUGGUCCAGUACAGACAUAUUUCAGCGAUGGUUGACAGGCCAUUUUAUGAAAUAUGCCAAAGUCGGAGGUAACAAGAAAACUCUGCUGCUAUAUGACGGCCACAGGUCUCACAUCACCCCUCAUCUGAUAGAUUACGCUGUUGACCAGGGGAUAAUCCUGUUUGUUCUACCACCUCACACAAGCCAUGUUCUCCAGCCGAUGGAUGUUGGGUGCUUUGGGCCUUUCACCAAGAUUUUCAGUUCAGAAUGUAGGAAAUGGCAGCGGUCAAAUUCUGGAACAGUUAACCGAUAUAGCGUCUGUUCUUUGGCCUGUAAGGCAUACGGGAUUUCUCUGUCUGCCAGUAACUUGCACAGUGCUUUCAGGAAAUGUGGUAUUUAUCCAUUUGACCCAACGGCAAUUGACAAGUAA